AUGGCGAUACCGAGGAAGGCGCUGUUGAUCAUCGGCGUGGUGGUUGUACUAGCCAUUGUCGGUGCAAUCAUCGGUAUCGUGGUAACCAAGGGCUCGUCGUCAAGCUCAGCAAGCGCGAGUGACGGCACGACUGGAUCUGGCAUUGCCAGUGGCAGUACGAGCAGCACUUCAACGACAACAGGAAGCAGCAGCGGGAACGCAAAGCUGUCAGCGUCGAAAAGGUCGACAGGCAGCGGCUCGUCCACUAUUACGUCGGACCCGACGAGCGCGAAGUACUCGCUGGCGGCCUUCGCUAUUGGCGAUUGGGGCACCACUACCACUCAGAGCUCGUGCUGUUCGCGCUCAGCCAACUUCAACGACUACGACAUCAACGCUGAGGAUGUGGUGGCGAACGUGAUGAACCAGCAGGCAGGUAAAGCGGAGGUCGCCCCCAAAAUCGUGAUCGGCCACGGCGAUAAUUUUGCGCCACGGUUGCUGGUGACCGGUUCUUCCUUGUCGAAGUCGCAAAUGUUGCGCCCGCCCGCAAAACUACACGCAGAUGCUACUACGUGA